AACCAAAUAACACAUGCAAAUACAUUUCUUGGCGAUUUCGAUCGCUCUGAAUGUGUAAACGCACAUUCAAAGUAAUAAACGCAGCUAAUUUCGCGUAACAUUCACAGUCACUGGCCGGAAACUCGCAUUCUAAUAACCGGUGAGUUGUUUCUCGGCUGAUUGCUUUAACGCAGCUUCUGAAAAUUCUGAAAUUUUACAUACAGAUUCGUCUGCAAAUCUCAGAGUUUGGCAUGAAAAGGGAUACAUGAAAAAGAGUCGUCUAUGAGGAAAUUUAGAUCAUGGAGGAAUCUUUUAAGGAAAAAACAAAAUGAAUUGGGACUUUGUCGAUCCAAGAACAAAACGUUCAUGGUAUUUGUUUGUUCAAUAUUAUUGUAUAUUGCAUACAGAACUACAAAGUUUCAGCUUUCACAGACAAAGUUAGCUUUCACGGGAUUAAAGGGUCUACCUUAUGGCAUUAUUGAACCUAAAUCUGACUUGGAAUUAAAGCGCAUAUGGGCAUCAAGUAGUUCUAAAUUAAAGGCUAAUGUUUCCAUUCCUCAUAACUUGUUGGCAAUGCCAGUGGGAUUGAAAAUGAAGCAUAAUGUUAAUACAGUUGUUCGAAAGUUUCUUCAUGAGAAUUUUACAAUUGUUUUGUUCCAUUAUGAUGGGCAUAUGGAUGGAUGGUGGGAUCUCAAGUGGAGUAAGAAAGCUGUUCAUAUUGUAGCUGUGAACCAAACAAAAUGGUGGUUUGCAAAAAGAUACUUGGAUAUUGUUAAAGCAGCAGGACUGGAGAUAUCUCAACCAGCUUUAGAUCCAAAAUCAUCAGAUAUACAUCAUAGGAUCACAUUACGGAAAAGAAGGCAUAUAUUCCACAGAAGGGUUAUAGAUCCUAAAGGUAGUGUGAAAUGUACAAGUGAUAGUGAGGGCCCACCAUGUACUGGAUUUGUUGAAGGAAUGGCUCCAGUGUUUUCCAGAACUGCAUGGCAUUGUGCUUGGCAUCUUAUACAGAAUGACCUGGUUCAUGGAUGGGGAAUGGAUAUGAAACUUGGGUAUUGUGCACAAGGGUUGAAAAAUGUUGGAGUUGUUGAUAGUGAAUAUAUUUUGCAUCAGGGAAUACCCACAUUAGGCGGGCCUGCUGCUAAAAAGGGUUCCAAUGAUGUUAAUUUGGCAAAGAAGCACCAUGGUUUUGAUAUGCGUACUGAGAUAAGGAGGCAAUCGACAUUAGAGCUGGAUGUAUUCAAACAACGAUGGGAAAAGGCAAUCAAAGAGGACAAGGAUUGGGUUGAUACUUUUUUCAAACACAAACAAAAACAGGCAUCACCCCCAACCACUCACUCAUGAUUUUUGAUCAUAAUGUAAUUUCAACUUUUAGGUAUACACUUUUUUAUUGCUUUAAAUUACAUUAGGCUUCUAAUAUUAGU